GCAGUGACCAAUUGAGGCUGUAUCGUGGAAAUUGGAGUUGAGAAGAUAGCGCAAUGGCACUUCCACCAAACUCAGUCAACAUGAACACGGUAUACAUGGACCAUUUAGUGCAAGUAGGGCAGGCAGGUCAUGGUGGAUGGUAUGACUACAAUACAUUCAAUAAUUUGCUGGUCUCCCCACCUAUGCAAGCCCCACAGAUUGCUAUGCCUCAGCAUCACCACCAUCCUCAAGAAAUUAUUACAACACCUCCCAGACCUAAGCCACCUGCACCCCGGCCAAAACCACGCACAACAACUACAGAACGUACUUAUUACUGUGAUGCAUGUGGUGCUUCUUUCUCAAACUCUUCAAACUUGAAGUCCCAUGCUAGGAUACAUUCAGGAGAACGUCCUUAUACUUGUGAAGAAUGUGGUGCAUCUUUUGUUCAAAGUUCAAAUUUAAAGGCACAUAAGCGAAUUCACACAGGUGAACGUCCAUACAUGUGCUCUGAAUGUGGCCAAACCUUUUCACGCUCUUCACAUUUAACAGGUCAUAAGAGAACUCACACAGGUGAAAGGCCAUAUAUAUGUGGCAUAUGUCAGGAUUCAUUUGUUACAAGUACUCAUUUAAGAAAUCACAUGCGUAAGCAUACAGGUGAGAGGCCAUUUGCAUGCCAAAUAUGUAAAUCUGCGUUUGCUCAGAAUGCUUCUUUACAAAUUCAUUUACGCAUUCAUACUGGUGAAAGACCUUAUAAGUGUGCUGAUUGUGCUGCUGCGUUUCGCUCAAAAGGGGAUCUGAGAAGCCAUCGUAAACUUCAUACAGAUGAGAGGCCUUUUGCUUGUUGUCGAUGUGGCAAGGUUUUCAAAACAAAUCAAUAUUUACAAAAGCACCUUAAGAAAUGUGGAGCUCCUCCCACAGGUAAGAAACGUGGACGUCCACGUAAGUUGCUUUCCACAGAUUCUAUGAUAUCAUCAGUGCCCAAGAGAACCGUGAAUCGUGGUGGGCGUGGCAGAGGGCGUGGAAGAGCAAAACGUGGGCGACCAAGAACAAGACCAACUCGGAUUACUCGUCACACGAAGCUUGAUGAACAGGGUCAAAUUAUACGUGAUGGAGAAUAUGAAGAUGAAGCAAAUUCAUCAAUUGAACAAAUUAUUGCAUCUGGUAAAGUUGAAAAUGGAGACAUCCUAGAAGCAACAGCUACCAGUUCUGAGCAUCUACAGCAGCACAGUGUGGAUUCUCAAGUGGAUUCCUUAGAGCAGCAGGUACAACAAGUACUUCCUGAUUUAAAGGUGUCAUCUGAUCAUUUCGAGGAAAUAACAACUAAUGGGAUGGAUCAAGUAACAGAUGUAGAUCAAACUUUCCAUAUUGCUCAUGUUGAGCAUAUUGAACACAUGCCAGUUGAAGCCAUGGAACGGGUUGUCCAGGUAACUCAUUAUUAAAUACAGUAGCAAUACUGUAAUAUAUGUAGAGUAGAUGAAUUAUACUAUUUGUACUAUGUAUUGACUUUAUAUGACUAUUAUUGAUUAUUUUUCAUUCAUGUUAUCAUUUAUUUUUGCAUCAGUACAUUACCAAGAUAUUAUAACUAGGUUAACAUUUUGUACUUUAAUAUUUACUAUGCUAAUUUUUACCCCAAAGAACAGUUAAUGUUGUUCUCUUGAUACUUGUAUGUGUCAUAUUUUAUAGCAAAAGUACAGUAAAAUCAUAAAUUAU